AUGGAGGCUACAUUUUAUGAUGGAUGUAAAAUUUUUUUACCAUUAAGUAAACUUUUUGGUUUUGAUGUUAACUUUAUAAAUUUUGUAUUAUCUUUAUUGGUGUCUUUUGGAUUGGCAAAAUUUUUUGUUAAAUAUCUUACUAUAUUAGAUGUAUCAGUUAAUAUUAGAUCAUUAUAUACAGGUGGAUGUGGUAUAUUAAUAUGUUAUUUUAUGUAUGGAAAAGGAAUAAUUCAUCCAAUAAUAAUGUCAUUCUUAAAUUAUUGUAUUAUGGCAUAUUUUCCAAAAGAAUUGACAAUAAAGUUAUGUUUUAUUAUAUCAUUAAGUCAUUUAUUGAUAAUUCAUUUAAUAAGAUACAUUUAUGUUGAUAUUUAUACAAUUGAUAUAACAUCUGUUCUUAUGAUUAUGGUUCAAAAAUGUUGCUUAAUUAGUCUUGCUUUAGCUAAUGGAAGAGAUGAAAAAUUAGCUAAUAAUAAAGAAAAUUCUUUAAAAAGUAUUUCUGAGAUACCAGAUAUUUUGAUGUACAUUGCUUAUAUGUUUAAUUUUCAAACAUUUUUAACAGGACCAUCAUUUGAAUUUGUGGAUUUUAAAAAUUUUAUUGAAGGAAAACAUUAUAUUGAGAGGAAAGAAAAAAAAUCAAAUGUUGAAAAUAUUAUAAGAGAUAAAAUUAUUUAUGGAAAUAUGUUUUUAAUUAUAUACUUAAUAUUUAAAGAUUAUUCAUGUGAUAAUGUUUUAGCACAACAUAUUAUUCAAUUACCAUGGUAUCUUUGGAUUAUUUCAUGUCAAAUGGGUACUACUAUUUUAAGAGGUAGAUAUUAUUUUGCCUGGUACAUAUCAGAUGCUAUUUGUAAUAUCUCUGGAUUUGGUUUUAAUGGAUAUGAUGAAAAUGAUGAAGAAAAAUGGGAUCUUUGUACAAAUGUUAAUGUUAAAAAAGUUGAAUUAUCAUAUUCAUUAAAAGAAUGUAUAGAUAAUUGGAAUAUUGGAACAUGUAAAUGGCUUCGAUUAACUGUAUAUGAAAGAUUACCUGAAUCUUCUAGAACAAUGGGAACAUUUGUUUUGUCUGCCAUUUGGCAUGGUUUUCAUCCAGGAUAUUAUGUAACAUUUACCAUUGCAGCACUUUUUACAAAUGCAUCAAGAAUAUUUAGAAAAUAUUUUAGAUAUCAUUUUACCUCAUCUAAUGAUAAAAAACAAAUGUAUGAUAUUUUUACAUUUGUAGUUACUAGAUUAGCUAUAAUUUAUGGAGCAAUACCUUUUGCCUUGGAAACAUUUUAUAAAUCAACAGUUUUUUUAAAACAAUUCUACUUUUGUGGUCAUUUUAUUGCUUUAGCUGUCAUUUUUAUAGUACCAAAUAUUUUUGAAAAACCAUCAUUUAGUGAAAAUCAUACUAUUAAAAAAAACAAAAGUUCAUGUAACAAUAAUAAAAAUGAUGAGGUAUUUGUUGAUAAAACUCAGGAAUCUAUUAAAAGUGAUUGUAAGAAAUUAAAUUAA